AUGUUGCGGGAUGUCCUGGAGGUUCCGCUGGAAGAGAUUCGAUCAGAGUCUGGUCUGGAGGAAUUGGGUGUCGAUUCUCUGCUUGCCACCGAACUCUUCUCGGAGGUGAGUAAACGCUUCGGCGUGUCUGUAUCUCACGCGGAAUUUGCGACAGCCACCAAUGUUCGGGACCUGUCUCGACUUAUCUCCGGUCCAGAGGAUGUCUCGGCGCCUAGUUCUGUCUCACUGGGCACCUCGACACCACGAUCUAUUCCUGCGCCGAUAACCCCGGUGCCUGAACAGCUGCCAGUGCCAUACCAACCAGGGCCAGGAGCGACUCAGCCCGUGGUCAAGAUAACCGAAAUGUUGGCCGACGUCCUCGAAAUUCCGAUCGAGGAGAUCUCAUCAAGCUCCAAUCUAGAAGAGCUGGGGGGUAGAUUCGCUCCUUGCUACCGAGCUCUUUUCCGAGCUGAACAAGCGAUUUGGGGUUUUCAUCUCACACCCCGAUUUUGCUACCAUAACGGACGUUCAGGGACUCGCGCGAUUGGUCUCCGGGUCCGGGGCAUCAGAGGCCAUCGCUCUUACUCCCCCACCCCAAGCUCAUUCGGCAAAACCGGCGAAAGGGUCAGCCUCCGUCGAUAUUGA